AUGCCUGCGCUUGCCGACGAAGGGGCCUACCAGCAUCUUGACAUACCAACGGGCUAUCAGGUUAAGCAGAUACUAGUCGGCACAGUGCGAGAUCUACUCGAGGACGCCAAGAAAAUCGGCGACUCUCUGCUUGCGCCCUGGCAGAAGCUUGACGCGGUCAGUACAUUUUUGCUGCCGCGUUUCGACUUCAUAAUGCAAGGAGCCACUAUGGAGAAGGAAUACCUCACAGCAGUAUAUAAAACUAUCAGGAGGCUGGCCAUGGAAUGGCUAUACCUACCGCAGCGCGCAAGUGCGGAGCUGGUUUACUUACCGCCCUCUCAGGGAGGUGGUGGGCUGCUUCCGCUUGUCGACCUUCAUGACGUUCUAACUGUGGCACACAGCUACCGGCUGCUCAACUCCAGAGAACCUGCAGUGAGAUUAUUAACGCAGGCGCUGCUGAAGACGACAUCACGCGUUACCUCUCUGGUGACACGGGCCUGCCAUCGUCGAAUGCCAGAACGUCCUUCUAGGCCAGAGCGCCACCACCAACCUCAAAAAGAAAAUUUGAUUGCGCUGGCAGUGGCACACUGA